CUGUAUGUGCAUUGAGUCGUACUCGAGUUCCUAUCUAAUUUUUAUUCGAAUCAGUAAUCGCAUUGUUCUAAUUUAGUACAAUGGCAUCACUAAUAUAAUUUCUUUUGCUUGUGGCAUGGUGUCGGAAUAAGUUGCCGAAUAAGCAACCACAAUGCCGCAAAACGAAUAUAUUGAACGCCAUCAAAAGCUUUACGGUAGGAGGCUCGACUAUGAGGAGCGGAAGCGAAAGCGCGAGGCGCGCGAGCCUCACAAACGGGCAGAGAAAGCGCGCAAACUGCGAGGUAUUAAGGCAAAGAUUUUCAAUAAAGAGCGCCGCAAUGAGAAGAUACAAAUGAAAAAGAAGAUCAAAGCGCACGAAGAGAGGAAUGUGAAACAGAACACAGAGAAAGUUUCAGAGGGCGCAGUGCCUGUGUACCUGCUCGACAGAGAUGUCCAAUCCCGAGCGAAGGUGCUGUCUAACAUGAUCAAACAGAAACGCAAAGAGAAGGCCGGCAAAUGGGAUGUGCCGAUACCGAAGGUGCGGGCGCAGGCGGACGCCGAAGUGUUCAAAGUGCUAAAGUCUGGGAAAUCUAAAAGGAAAGCUUGGAAGCGAAUGGUUACCAAAGUGACAUAUGUUGGGGAGAACUUCACUCGGAAACCACCAAAAUUCGAGAGGUUCAUCCGGCCUAUGGCUUUACGUUUCAAGAAGGCACAUGUGACUCAUCCAGAGUUGAAAGCCACUUUUUGUUUACCUAUAAUAGGCGUCAAAAAGAAUCCGAGUUCUCAAAUGUAUACAAGUCUGGGUGUGAUAACAAAAGGUACAGUGAUCGAGGUGAACAUUUCAGAGCUGGGGUUGGUCACACAGGCGGGCAAAGUGGUGUGGGGCAAGUAUGCACAAGUUACAAACAAUCCGGAGAAUGAUGGUUGCAUUAAUGCUGUGCUUUUGGUGUGAAUUGUGAAUCAUUGGUUAAAUAAAUAAUUACAAGAUUUA